AUGGCUUCUACUGGUGGAUUGAUACCAGGUGGAAGUAGCCAUGGAAUCCCUCAUGCUGGGACACCUCAUCCAGAACAAAUGCCCAUAGUUGGCGCCAACGUGGCCACUGUCCAUCCCGAUACACUGGCUAAUCAACAGCCAUUUGUCUUUGCUGAAGAUUUUGAAGAUAUGGACGUUAGCGGAACGAAUGUCACCGAAAGUGGGACGUUUGAUCCAGCAGCGGGCGUGGAUACUACUAUCACAGAGCCUAUGACUCAGUCUGCUCAAGGCGCUCCUUUUCCUGGAAUUCAUCGGAGUACCCCAAAUCCCAUUACCAUCCCCGCGUCAGCUGGUCUUCCGCAGCCGCAUCUCAAUGGUCUUGUUGAUAACACUCGAAAUCCUGCCCCAGCUGCAGCUGCCCAAGCCUCCGCAUUGGCUGCUGCUGCUCUUGCUGCCUCUUCACGACUAGCAAACUCCACUCGCCAGAAUACACCGACAGCAGCAAUUAGUUUUACCCGACCAUUAGGCGAUGCUCAUCUCCCCUAUUACGGUCAGGCUGCCAUGAAAAAUCAAGGCGCAAAGUCACGCGACCACCGGCGUUAA